AUGCAUUUGCACUUGCUUUAUGUGUUUGGCUAUAGACAUGACACAUUGACAGAUUGUAUAAGUCAAGUUUUAGGACUUCAUAUUCUGGGUUGGUUGGGCCGGCUUCCUUUCCCUCCUCCUCGAUGUUUAUUAGUUCUUCCACCUCGGCCUCUCUCUUGUGGUGUUUUCCCUAAUUUUGAUUCCAUAUUUGUUCCUCGAGAUAAAGAUGUGUCUAAUUGUGAAGGCUCUGCUGACCUGCAUCAUAGUCCUUCAAUUGUUGAAUUUGAUGAGACGUCAUCACAAAUAUCUUGUCGUGACGCUCAGUCUUCGAGUGAAUUGUCAAUCCCCAAGAGUCCUCCUGCUUUGCUAAAAGGUAGCGUAACAACUUUAAACGUGGAUGUGCUUGAGCAGACAGUGUUGCAUGUUCAAAAUCAGCUUCUUACCCGUCUUGAAUCAAUGAAUCCGCUUCAACACGAGUCCAUGACACAGGGUGAAAUUCAUCAUGUUGUAAAUCCGAUCCAUACCAUGGAGUUUUUGGUUCCGAUGCCAAUCGUUAUGCCAAAGAUUUGCAAGAUCACAUUGAUUUUGGUACUUCAGGAAAAGUUGCAGGAUUUAUAGCUGAAACAAUUCAGGGAGCUGGAGGAGCAGUUGAAUUGGCGCCUGGAUACUUGAAACUGGUUUAUGACAUUGUACGCAAGGCUGGUGGUGUCUGCAUUGUAGAUGAAGUGCAAACU